AUGAAGAAAAAAAAAGUCAUAAAAUUAAAAGAGGAAUAUAUACCUAAAAGCAAUUAUUUUAGUAAAGAUGCGUUACUUACAAACAUCUUUACGCAAAGUAAAGAAAACUCAAUUUUUGAUAUUGAAUCAAAAGAUUCUCAGUUAAUUGUUAAUUGUAUUAACAAAUUACUGAAAAAAAAUUUGCAAACGAAACUAAAAGCUUUAAAUGAAUUAAGUUCUCUUCUCACCAAACAUGAUGAACCUACAAUUAGCUAUUUUUUUUCAUCAUUUUUAAGUGUAUAUAAAAAUUUAAUAUAUCACACUAAUUAUAGUUUAAGAGAAAAUUUAAAUUUGUGUCUGAAGCUAUUUAUAGAAAAAAUUAAAACAAAAAUUAAAAAACAUUUGAACAUAUUUUUACCACAUUUAUUUAUUUCACUUUUUGAUUUCAGUAAAAAUGUGAAGAAUAUUUCUAGCGAGAUACUCUGUAUUAUAUUUCCAUUAAAAAAUAAUUCUGAAAAUGAAGGAGAUGAAAAAGAAAAGAAUAAAAUAGACAAGUUGAAAUUAUAUGAUGAAUAUAAAUUAUAUUCAAACAUAAAAAAAUUAAAUGUGAAUAUAAUUAAUUUUUAUAACUGUUUGAAAUAUAUUAAGAAUGAUUUAAAUGAAGCAAUUGUGUCAAAUUUAAAACUUAUGAAAAAUGAAGAAGAUUAUGACAUUAAUGUAUAUUUAUUUAAUACUCUGUGUUUUUUUCCAUCUUUUAUUUACAUAAUUAUGAAAUUUGUUAAAUUAAGUAGUAAAUUAGAAAAAGGAAAAGAAGAAUCAUUAGAAGAAAACAGUAAGGAAAUAGUUAAAGAAUGUAUUAAAAAAGAAUUUGUUAAUUUUGAAGAAACAUUUAAUCAUUUUUUUUGUGUUUUAAAUUUUAUAUAUAAAGAAUGUAAAGACAAUGUAAGGUUAAAAAAAACGUUAUAUUUAUCAAUAUAUAAUAUCAUUUAUUUAUUAAAAAAAAACAAAAUUAAUUAUAUUGAUUUUAAUUAUAACAAAGCUAAUUCUUCAAUUUUUAAUUAUAUUUGUUGUAUAAUUAAUAAUAAAGAUGAAUAUAUUUUAAAAAGUAUAAAUCAUUUAUUAUUGUUGUUUUUUUUUUCUGAAAAUAAGAAAUUAAUUAAUGAAAAUUUUCUUAGAAGCUAUUUAUCUCUUAUUAAGCAAAAUAAAACAUAUGGAAUAGAUUCUUUUAAUUAUAAUAUGCCUUUGUUUAUAUUCAUAUUUGAAAAGAAAGAUAUAAUAGAAAACUUUUUUUUCUUUUAUUUUCUUUUCUAUUUUUUAUUACUCAAUCAAAGUAAUUCAUCCAUAAAUAUUUAUUAUGAUAUUCUACUUCAUUUAUUUGAUUAUUUUGAUUUUAUUACAACAAAUAUGGAGAAAAAAAAUUUACUUGGUGAUAUAAAAGAAAAUUAUCAAGAAAAUACCACUAAAAUAAAUAUCAAUAAAGAAACGGAAAUGAAAAUAAAUAUCAAUACAGAAGAUAAAUAUAAAAAUGAUGUAAAGGAUGAAUAUAAUGAUAUGUAUUUUUUAGCGGAAUAUGAGUGUUCUAUUAUUUUAUGUGAGAAUAUUUUGCUCUUACCUUUAGAAAUUUUUUUUAUUCAAAAAAAAUUACAGAAUUGUAAUUUUUGUUUUAAAAACGAAAAUUUAUGUGAUUCCCUUUUUAAUAUAUAUUAUUGUCAUAAAAAGAAGUUAAAGAAAAAAGAAUCAAAAGAAAAAAAUAGAUAUGAAGAUUUAAGAAGAAAGUUUUUUGAUGGAAAUAUAGAAGAAAAUAACCUAUUAUUGACUUAUAUUAGCUUUAUUAAGUCAUCAAAUAUUAAAAAUGAAAUAAUAAAACAUUCUUUAGAUUUAUUAAAAACUUAUGUGAUUGAUAUAAAUAAUAAAUUACAGAAUAAAGAUAAAAAUAAUAAUUUAGUUAAUGAUGAUAAUAACAGUUUAAACAAUUACAACAAUUACCAUAGUAUCAUGAGUUUUUUUUUGAAGUUUUUGUUAGAAUUAAAAUAUAUAGUAUUUCCAUUGAAGCAUCAAAAUAAUGAUAUUAAUAUAGAUGUAAGGACAUAUUUCAUUCAUAUUUUAAAUUUAACAUUCAUUAAUUUAUUAACUUUAAUAGAUUAUAAAAACUAUGAAUUCAUUGAAAUUUUUAAAAAUAAUUUUGAUUUAUUAAAAUUUCUUGUUUUUCAACAAAAAGAAGAAAAUAAUAUAUUUUUUAUGAAUAAUGUUUUUAAUAUAUUUCAAAAAUUAUUGGCAAAUAAAAUAUUAAACAAAGAAAUUUACUUCAAUUCUUUAGAUAUUACUUUAAAUUUAAUACUUUUGUUUUAUUUAAAUAAAAUCUGUUCAUUUGAUGAAUUAUUUAAUUCAUUUCUAAAGAUAUUGUUUGAUGAAGAUUUAAAUAAAGAAAAUGUUGAAGACAAAUUAAUAGUGUGUAUAAAAUUAAUUAAUUUUUUGAAAAAUAAAAAGAUAAAAUUCUUUCAUCUUUCAGAAAUUAUAUUAAAAAUAUAUCAAUUUUAUAUUAGUUGCAAUUGUAAUAAUGAUACACUAACUACAUUUUAUGAAUCUCUUUCUGUUGGUGAAAAAGAUAAUAUUUUAUUUGAAGAAAAUUUUUAUUUUGACAUAUUUAAUAUAUAUAAAAACAGAUUGAAGGAAAUAAAAAGAUUCCCUGAAAAUAAUUUUUGUAGUUUUUUUCUAAAAUUAUUUACAGAUAAUAUUUUAACAGAAUAUCUAAAAAAAAAUUAUACAACUUUAAGCAAUAUAUACAUAUAUUUUUUGUUCACCAUUUACUUAAAGAUAAAUUAUAGCUAUACUGAAAAAUAUGAUAAUUUAUUUUUAAAAUUAGAAAGAGAAACUUUACAUUCUUAUUUGAAUUUAAUGCAAGAAAUUUACAAAAGAUGUACGGAGGAAGAAUAUACUUUAAAUCAGAAAACUUUGAUUUCAUCUAAUUCAAAAGUAAUAUUAAAUGAGGAGGAAGAUAAAACUAAUAAUUGUAAUAUUUUAAUAUAUAUUAAAAAUUCAAAAGUUACUUUUAAAGUAAUUUAUGAAUAUAAUGAUGAUUCUUAUAAUAUCAAAAGAGAUGAUGGUAAUAUUGAUAACAACAAUAGUAAUGAUAGUAAUAAUAAUAAUGAAAAUGAAGAAAUUCAAAUGAAUUUAUUACUAAAAAAAGAGGAUAUUUUGAGUUCAUUUUAUAUCUUAAAAUUAUUAUGUAUAUAUAAAAUAUAUUAUAAUAUAGAAAUUUUUACUUUUGAAAACUUAAAGAAUUUUACAUUUUUUUGUUUCAGUAUAGAACCUCUUAAAAGUAAUUCAUUAAAAAUGACUGAGAAUCAAAAUGAUGGUAUAAUUAAUUAUGGAUUUGAUGAUUUUUUUAAUUUUAUUUAUUUAAAUAUUGAAUGCACAAAAUUAUUUUUUUUUCUUAAAACAAUAAAAAAUGAAUUAAAAAAUAAUGAGAAUAAUUUAUCUCUUUUUUUUAUUAUUUAUCAAUUUAUUGAUAAUAAAGAAGUUCAUAUUAGUGAAGAUAUAAAAAUUUUUGAUGUUAUAUAUAUUUUGAAGAGAAUAAAUAAAUAUAAAAUUUUUAAAGCAGGUAAAAUGAUACUGAAAAAACUUAUUAAAAAGGAAAGUGAUAUACAAGAAUUUGCAAAAGAACUAAUCGAUUUUAAAACAAAAGACUCAUUUAAUUUAAAAGUUAAAAGUUUUUUAUUUAAAAUGUUUCUAAAAUAUGUAUUUAAUAAUCUUGAAAAAGAUGAUAUAAAUGAAAAUGAUAAAAUAAAUGAUGAUAUAAAUGAAAAUGAUAAAAUAAAUGAUGAUAUGAAUGAAAAUGAUAAAAUAAAUGAUAAAAUAAAUAAUGAUAUAAAUGAAAAUGAUAAAAUAAUUAAGGAUAUAAAUGAUGAUAUAGAUGAUAAAACAAACAAUAUUAGCUAUGAAAAUAAUUUACAUUUACUAAAAAAAAAAAUUCCCAAAUUUUUUCAUUCUUAUAUAGAUGAAAAUUUCAAUCUAAAUAUAAAAAAUGAAAUAUCUUGUUUAAAUUUAUUGUAUCAUUUAAUAAAUGUCAGUAAAAUUAAAAAUUUUAAUUUUUUUUCUUGUAAAAAUGUACAAAAGUUAUUAUUGGAGUCAACAUAUAUAACAUUAAGUAAUUUUGAUAUUUUUUUUUGUUGUUUAUCAUUUAUAAAUAAUUAUGAUUUUUAUAAUAAUAAUGAAAUUAUUUUGAGCAAUUUUUUUAAAAAUUAUUUAUCAUUCUUAAAAAUAUAUUAUAAGAAAAUAUAUGAAGAGCAAAUUUGUAUAUAUAAAGAAGAGUGCAAAAUUUUGAAUGAUGCUUUAAGUAGUAAAAUAAAAAAUUCUGAAAAAAUAGAAAAAAGAAAAAGUAUAAAAAAGAAAAUAUAUUUAGAUGAAGACAAAUUGCAUACAAAAUGUGGAAUAUAUUUUUUAAGGUUUGUGUAUAGUUUAAUCGAAAAGAAUGUAAUUCUUUUUGAUUUUUUAAAUAAUAAAAAUAUGUUAAGAAUGCUAAUUAAAAUAAUUUAUUUCAUUUUAUCAGUAGAUCAAUGUUGUAAUAAUAAUAAUAUAAAUAAAAAAUUAAAAAUUCUUUGCAUAAAAUUAUUAAAGAAAAUUUUCGAUUAUGAUUUACAACAUUUUGAUUCAUAUUAUAAAAUAUAUUUUUUUUGUUUAAAAUCAAGUGUUUGUGAUUACAGUGAAUAUUUUAUAAAAAAAGUUUUUUUUACAAAGAGUAUUUUAACAUUCAAGAAUUUACACAAAUUAAAAAAAAAGGUAAUGGAUAUUUAUAUUAAUACUUAUUAUUUAUUUAUAUUAUUUUCUAAUAUUGAAAAGUUUAAAGAUAACAAGACUUUUAUUCACAAAACAUUUUCUAUACUUUUAUUAAAUUGUAUAUUAGUUAGUGAACUACAAAAAUUAAAAAAUUGUGAUAUAGAGAAUUUUAAUACAAUAAGCUCAUAUUUAUGUAUAAACAGAAAUAAUGAAAAUUUGUUCUUAAAAUCUUUUAUUAAUGAAUAUAGCGAUUAUGAAAAGAAUUUGUUAAAUGAUAUUAAAAAUGAAAUAAAUAAUAGUGAAAUGAGUUAUGAUAAUGAUAAUAAUGAUAAUAGUAAUGUUAGAUUAUAUUAUACUUCUAAUAAUGAUUUAAAUACAAAUUCAAGUGUUGAUAGUUUUAUGGAUAGUGAAGAAGAUAACUAUACUAAAUGUAAAAUUAUAGGUACUGAAAAUAAAGAAAAAAAAAAUCUAAAUUUUACAAAUGAAAAAAAAAAAAAAAGUAGCAAUACAACAACUGUAUCUUUUAAUGAUAAUAACAAAAAUUCUAAUACACAAGAAGAAAAUGAUGAAUUUACUACAUUUUUAAAUAAAAAUAAUAGAAAAUAUAUUGAUACAACUGAUAAAUUAAGUAAUAAAAAUAACGAGAAAAUAAAUGAGGAGAAUGAAGAAAAUAAUAAUAAAAAUAAAUACUGUUCUUUAUAUUUUUUAAAAAAGUAUAUAAAGAAUGUAUUUUUAUUCAUUGAUUUAAAUAAAAAUAUAUUAGAUUUAUAUUCGUUUUUAUUAAACUUUAAUUAUUUAAAAAUACUAUUAUCAAUGUUAAACAUAUGUUUAUCAUCAGAAUAUUUUAUUUAUAACGCAGAUUUGUUUCAACAUUUUUUGAUAUUUUUAGAAAGUAAUAACGUUAAUUUGUAUUAUUUUUUAAAUGAUAUAAAAAAAAUUGAUGAACUUAUAGAAAAUAAUAGAAAUCUAAUAAAUAAUAAAAAUGAGCUAUACAUAUUUUUUUUUUCUUUAUAUUUAGCAUUACUUCUUAUAACUAUAUAUCCAAAUGAGUGUAUUAUUAUAAUUAAUGAAAAUAAAUUAUAUAAUAUAAUAAGUUUUAAUCAAUUAAUUUUUUCAAAUUUUAUAAUAGAUUAUCAGUUAAGUCAAUUAAAAAAUAUAUCCCAAAAUUAUAUAAAUACAACGUUUUCUUAUGAUUCUAUUUCUAAAAUUUUGUAUUUUAAAUACAAAAUAAAAGAAGAUGAAAAUGAAACAUUUGAAGAUGUUACGGCAAAAUUGACUUUGAAUUUUUUGCCAAAUUAUCCAUUUUCUCAUUUAGUGAUUAGUGAUAAAAUAGAGUCACUUGAUAAGAAGGCUUACAUUCACAAUUCUAUUAAAAGUAUGUAUAAAUAUGCGAGAAACGGAAAUAUUAAUGAAAUUUUUAUUAAAUUUGACAAUAUUAUGAAUAAUUACUUUCAAAAUAAAUCACAAUGUAAUAUAUGUUUUAUGCUAUUAUACGACAAAAAAACAUGUGACAAAACUUGUUCUAAAUGCAAUGCAUCUUAUCACAGCUACUGUCUUCACAAAUGGUUUUUAACAUCUCACAAUACUAAAUGUCCAUCAUGCCAAAUGCAAUUUAAUUCUUGA